AUGGCGGCGCGGGCCGGGCGGUGCUGCCGGGCCGGGCUGAGCCGCGGGGCUCUGCUGUCCCGGGCCCUGCUGUCCCGGGCCGGCGGGGCCCCGGCCGCACCUCGCUGGGGACGCGCCGCUUUUUCGUCUGCGCCCGCGGUGAGCGGCAGGGAAGGGCCGCAGGCUCGGGAAGAUUCAGUAAGGAGAAGAGGCAGGACACCACAGUUUGCAAGAUCAGCUGCACCCCCCAGGACGGAGAGGAUGGCUGUGGAUCAGGACUGGAGCAGUGUGUACCCAACAGCAGCUGCCUUCAAACCUGCCUCUGUGCCUCUCCCAAUCCGAAUGGGUUACCCAGUGAAGAGAGGAGUGCCUCCACCAAAAGAAGGCAACCUAGAACUUAUCAAGAUCCCAAAUUUUUUGCAUCUUACUCCUCCUGCAAUUAAGAAGCACUGUGCAGCUCUUAAAGAUUUCUGCACUGAAUGGCCAAGUGCUCUGGACAGUGAUGAGAAAUGUGAACAGCAUUUUCCCAUUGAAGUUGAAACAGUAGAUUAUGUUUCUUCAGGGACUUCUAUUCGGAAUCCCAAAGCAAGAGUGGUGACCUUAAGAGUUAAACUUUCUAACCUGAAUUUGGAUGACCAUGCAAAGAAGAAGCUCAUUAAGCUUGUGGGAGAUCGGUACUGUCAGGAGACAGAUGUGCUCACAAUUACAACAGAUAGGUGUCCCCUGAGAAGACAGAACUACGAUUAUGGUAUGCACCUGCUCACAGUUCUGUACCACGAAUCCUGGAAAACUGAGAAGUGGGAGAGCGAGAAGUCUGAGGAAGACAUGGAAGAGUAUAUCUGGGAAAACAGUCGUUCUCAGAAAAAUGCCUUGGACACACUGCUCCGAAUAAAAGCCUCAGAGAAUGUCAGUAAUGUCACUAAAGAGGAGCUGCUGGCAUCUGAAGUGGUUAAGAAUUACCGAAACUCAGUCAUUGCGCUUAAAAAUGAAGGUGAAACAGAAAGUAACAUGUCUCAGUACAAGGAAUCUGUGAAGAAACUACUGAAUAUACAAGCAUGAGAAGACCUGAUCUGCAGGUACACCUGAUCAUUGCAGAGGUGUUAAACUACUGUGUUAGUAUUUCUAGUGAUAUGGAUAUACAACUAUUAAGAACUUGAACAAAAAAAUGAAACUUGACUAUGAGUGGACAAAUGAAACUUGUCCAUGAAUCUUGCCCUUUGAAUAAAGUAUGUUUGGAUUCAUACUGGUAACUGGAAUGUUUUAUUCUGUGUUUUGUUACCAUGAUCAGUUCGGUCCUCUGCUUAAUCAUAUUCUGAUUUCUAACACUUCUUUGGGCAUUUAACCUAGAGCAACAGUGUCAAAACUAAUGAAAUGAGUUCAUACUUCCAGUUCCAUUAAUUGAAAGUCUGAAAAUUAGAAGCUCUAAAUGCUUUUCAGAUGCCAUUCAGAUUUUUGCCUGUGUGUAAAAUUAGGAUAAUAUUGCCUAAGAGUCUGACUAGGAGAGGUGUUGGAGCACUCUGGACAGUUCAGGUUCUCAGUUGGUAUUCUGAGGGAAAACAAAUAUCCUGUGUAAAAGCACCUGUCUCUAAAAUAAUGGAGUAAAAUAAGGUGGAAAAUGGGAUGGUAAUGGGAAAGAGCCAGCAGUUGUUGAGAAGAUCCCAGAGUAUCUGGCAUAGGAAGAAUGAUGAGAGUUGGUGAAGUGGGUUUGUAAGUAAAUAGGAAUAGAUUGAGCCUUGUUACCCUCAGGCCCGCUGACUUGUCUCUUGAAUGUACCCAGGCUUUUCAAGGAAAGAAAAAAGUUUGUAGUAGCAUCCUGCGUAGCACAGAGGAAGAAUUAUAUGGAUGUUUAUCUUAUAUUUGAUAUUUUGUAAUUGAAAUAAAUGUAUUUAAAACUCUAGAA